UUCAUCAAAAAAGUCUCCAAUAAGCCGAAGUAAAAAAACCCAAGGGAUUUUUUUUAUAAGCUCAGACCUUUUAAGAGAUCGAAUCAAUAAGUUUCCUGUUCGAUUUGAACUGUUAGGGCGGCAACAAAUCGAUUAGUUAAAUUAUUAACGAGAUGUUUAGCCCUAGGCUAGUUCAUCUCGGGACCCACGCCUUACUUCCCUUCCGACGGAAGAACUCACCAUUUUGUGAGUUUGUCGGGAAUGGGAUUCGAUCCCAGGUCCUCAGCGUGACAGUUAAGUGUUCUAACCAUCGCACCAGGUCGCUUUUACUUAUUAUUUUUUCCAGCUUAGUCAGCUAAAAUUUGCGUACCAGAGGCAGCAAUAAGUGAAGAAUCGACAACCAAGUUGACAACACAAACGUUGUAAGAUGCCCAAGGUUCGGAAGCGACCGCCGGCUUCAACCAGCAUGGAAAAGCGCCGAAAAUGUCCGCAAGAGGAGCAGAGCGCCGAUUCUGUUUGUCGUGUCUGUAUGGGCAGGGCGUCCGAUACCGGCCUGAUGGUUGGAUUGUUCGAUGGACAGAUACAGGGAACGAUCCUCGCCGAAGUGUUGAUCCUGGUUGGAUCAGUGGAACUGGCGACGAAAGACGAUCGACUGCCCAAGUGGUGUUGCGAGGGGUGUCUGAAGGCCUUGGAGAGUGCCUACAAACUAAGAAUGUUGUGCCAGGAUUCGGACCGGAAACUACGGGAUGCAUUGUCAACGGCUGAGGAAACCGUUGUGGUGAAACAGGAAGUCGAUGAAGAUUCUAGGGUUGGAGAUGGGAUGCUGGAUGUUGAGGAAGCUGUUCUCGCGGAAAGUAUACAAUUGCCCAAGUUAGAGAUUAUGGACUGUUUAGUGGAAGAUGAGAUAACGGAUGACGGUGAUGGAGAAGACGAUAUGGUAGAAGCUGAUGGCGGCGUAGACUCGGAUGUCGAUGAGGCAGAGCAAGAUAAGGAUGAGAAGACGUCGGAAAAAGUAAAUAGGCCUACCAAUGGAAAGAAGCUCUUGAAUGCGGAUGUAUUCGACGAGGUAGAAGCCGUAGGUUUCAAAUGUUGUGGUUGUAAAGUCACGUUCAACACUUUGAACGAACUUCAGGCUCAUUCAAAGGAAGCUCACGCCGACAAAAAACUGGCAAUACAGGAAUUGCAACGCAAGAAGCAGUGUGAUAUCUGUUACAAGGUGUUGUAUAAUGACCUUUCUGUACGUAAUCACCAAUAUAAAGACAAACUGAACUUUCGAUGCAAGGUUUGUGGAGAAUUGUUUUGGAGUCGACAGAGGGUGUGCCUUCAUUAUGAUCGGGUACACGGCCCGAACCCAGUGAUCAAGGGUCCUUCGAAAGUUUGCUGUGCGUGUCUGGAGAAAUUUGAAACUGAAGAACAGCUUAGAGCGCAUAGUUUGGCGGUACAUCUGCCAGAAAAACCUCCACCAGAUCCUGCCCGUCCGUUCACCUGCAACGUUUGUUAUCGCUGUUACAAAUCCGACGGGCUGCUGUACUCCCAUCAGUCCCGAAUGCUCAGGGACACCAAGAAGCACGUGUGUGCCCAAUGUGGAUUGACGUUCCGAUAUCCCGGAGCGUUGGAACAUCAUAAAGUGGUACACACUGGCGAAAAGAAGUUCCAGUGUACAAAUUGUCCAAAAGCAUACAGCAAUUGGAAUAGCUUCCGAAAGCAUGUGAACAAUCACAAAGUGCCAGCGGAUAAGUACAAAUGCGAGAUUUGCGGGGAUAUAUUCAAAACAAACAUUGGAUUAAAACAGCACACGCUACAACAUACCGGAGAGCGUCCGCACAAGUGCCCUCACUGUCCAGCCACUUUCACUGUGCCUUCUGGGUUAAGAUGCCAUUUGUUGACGCACACCGAUGAAAAAAAACUAGAAUGUCCGAUUUGCAGGAAAAAGUUCAAGCGGAAUACGGCACUCAAGCAGCACAUCCAAUAUAUUCAUCACAAGCAAAGGCCCUACGUCUGCUUCUUCUGCCCCAAUCGAUACCAGCGGAAACACCAGCGAAAACAACACAUGCUUCAAGUCCAUCCCAAGGAACUACAAAGCAAUCCACUUCCUCCAAUCGAGCUACUUGGUAACCCGUGGUCGUUGCGACAAAGGACCGAAGAAGAUUUUUUACGAGAACUGGGCAUGGUAGAAUAAAGCUGUGGAAUGAAUAAUUAUUCAUAUUUAUCUUUUAUUGGACGAACGUUUUAAAAAUAAAGCUUUCAUGCAUCAUUACUUCGUUGGUUUUUCAUUGCUAUAACUUUCUCAAUGCGUACUUUAUGUUAGCUUGGAGAACAUAAGUACUCACGGCUAUUUCAAUGUGAAAAGGAAGGAUAUACGGGACUUAAUCUAAAUUACUUAAAUAACUUUAUGCAAUUCAGUAUCAUAAUUUUAAUUUUAUAUAACUCAUUUUGGUAUCAUAAUGACUAUAGAUAGUAGAGUAAACAUAGUUCCGCGGACAUCGCUGAGUGAAAUGUUUCAAGCGUGUGAAUAGUAUUUUUCAAGAGUGCGACGGUUGAAUAUGACGUCAUGCGCUCCAUUGGUGUUGUUGGAAUCAUGACGUCAUGCUCGUUUGGAUACAGAUUUUGACAGUUCGGUUGGAUACAACGGAUUCAUCAUCACGGAUCUAUGUUUACUCUACUACAGGGGUUCUCAAACGUUUUCAGCUUGCGACCCACUUUUGAUUUUCAAAGAAUUUGGCGACCCACUAGCACGAAAAUUUAUAAAGAAAGUCAUUUUUUUGCAAAUUUGGACUGUUUUUUUAAAUAAAUACAUUUUAUCACUUUCAUAGGUUGUGAUAAACUUACGUUACGUAGCCCUCAAACAAGUUAUUUUUGUUUAUUAAUAGUGCGCUAUUGAAAAGUCUAGGAAAGGUUAAGGUGCCCAAGCUUGCAGCAUCAGGCUGUAGCUAUAGUGGCAAUUUUAUGCUUCUGCCGAACUAACUAAAUAUCGGUUGAAAAUGCUAUAGAUAUUUACAGCGAAUGAGUGAAUAUCAAGUAGUUUUUAAAAUUGUUGUACUGCUGGAUGGUUAGAUGAGUCCUCUUGAAAUUUUUAAUGAUAGGUAUCCUCAUACCGUCUACCCCCGUUGGUUUGACCGCUUCUAAUCUGAACACUUUUUAAUUUGACCCCCUCUAAUCUGCACAUCGUUCAAACUAAAAAUGGUUCAAACGUCAUUCUGCUCAUGGAACGGUGUGAAACGGAACACAGAAUCAAAACAAAACAUCAAAAAGGGUUAUCAUCAGUGUGUUUUUCGAUGCCCACAGGGUUACUAGAAGUUCAAAUUAAAAAAGAACCCCGUUGGUUUGCAUGAGGUGUCGUUCAAACCAACGGGGGUAGACGGUAUACACUUAUUUUAUUCAUUUAUUUAUAGUGGAAAUUUUUUUGCUUAUUUUUGGUAUUUAUAAAUGUUUUGCUAUUUUAACUGCUGAAACUGGCGUGUAAGCCUAACAAAACAAAAAAAAAUGCUAACUGCAAGCAACAACUUGAACUCAUUUUUUCCAAAACACAAGUGAAAUCUAAAAUUUUACCCUAAUCUUUAAACUUCCGAUUGAAAACUUAUUGUUUUAGAAUCGAUUUCAGAACGCAGACAGUAGUUUUAAUAUUCAAUAUACUCCAGACAAAACUUAUGAUACAAAAUUUUGAGACGAAUUGAGGAGAAACCGAAACUCUAGAAAUAAUUCUUCUAGAAAUGGAUUCUUCAAGGAAGUAUUUAUAAAUUAAAAAGUGGCUAGCAAUAAUAUUCUUAUUGCUAGCCACUUUCUAAUUUCCAAAGACUUCGCGUCCCACCAAAAAUCAGUCCGUGACCCACCAGUGGGUCGCGACCCAUAGUUUGAGAAACGCUGCUCUACUAUCUAUUGCAUCUUGCAUUGCUUUACAGAUUACCGUACAAAUGUUCAAUCGUCUAAAAUAUUCCCGACUAGAAAAUUAUAUCAAGAUUAUAUCAUAUUGUGUUAUGAUGUUAUAAUAUUUUUCUCUAACUUAUUAUGUUAUAAACUAGAUGCAGGAUGAUGUUAAAAAAACUAAAAUUGUAACAAAAAGUGCACUUGUCUAAUCAGGAUAAUAACCUAUUUUGUUAUGAUCAGAUCAAAAUUAUAACAAAAUGUGAUAUGAAAGUUAGCUUCAGGAUUACUAGUUUCUAUCAGAAUGUGAUAUAAUUUCGUUAGAUUAUUGUCCAAAUGUCAAAAUAAUUAAAUCUAAAUUAUAUUACAAUGAGUUACCAAACAGCAUUUAUAACAUAAUGUGAUAUAAUUGAGUUAUAGUAUUUCAAAAAUACCAAAGAUGUUGAACAUGAUUAUAUUACAAUGAGUUAUAAAUAUCAUGGUUUGUUUUAAUUAUGUUAUUUUUUUGUUAGGUUUUCUUAGUCGGGUUUGUUCACACGUCAAACACCAAGGAAAGUAGCAAGUAAACAAACCGAUUAUUCCAUGCACCACCCAAAAAGUGUAACCGACGCUUAAAAUUUCUAGCAGCGGAACGAACCAAUGUAUGCUUAAACUGGUGGGAACAUAUUGUGGUGUGACAAAAAAUGUCUGCAGGGGGUCGAAUACGGUGCAAAAAAGCUAUAUAAUGACCAUUUUUUCCGAACUGGCUCAUCAUGCAACUCAAAUGAGUUGCAUAAUGAAAAAUAGUUGUAUAAUGUUCAUAAUGAAACUCAUUUGAGUUGCAUUAUGAACAUUAUGCAACUCAAAUGGGUUGCAUUAUGAAAAAAAUCAUUGCUCAAAAUUUUGUAUGGAACUCGUUUCAAAACUCGAUUUUUUCAACACUCUUCGUAUUUAUCCAACUCGGCAAGCAUCGUUGGAUAAAUGUACGACUCGUGCUGAAAAAAUCAACUUUUUGCAACUCGUUACAUAAAUAACUAUUAUAAUUGUUUUCAAUAAUAAACUCUACAGUUUUUCGAUAGUUUGAUGUUUACUGGGGUAUUAAUACACGAUCAUAAAACUAGUUAAAAUAAUCAGUUCGAGCAAUAGAGUUUAAAAAAACUGUAGAGAACGACUGUUCUAUAGAAUUAAUUUUUACUGCGAUACACUGCUGGAGAUGCCUCAACAGCGACAGAAACGUGUUUGUUUACAUUAGGGUUCAAUUGAGAAUGGCAAAUGUUCCAGAAAUAAAAAUUUUGGCACUGCGCGAAACAUGAAUGUCAGUCACUUCUUCCACACCUUUCUAAUAUACUCUCAUUGGCGCAGUGGUGCACUGUUUUAUAUCAGAUUCAACGUGUGACAGACGUAAACGAAAAUCACAUCAGUGUUGUUAUUCUAAAGCAUUUUCCAGAACGUAAGAAAGUGUGCAGCGUAAAAAGUUUCAAGUAAACCAAAAUAAAUACACAGCCCAAGGGAAAAUCUCUAUAAGCUAAGACCUUUCGAACUAAGUCAGCUGAAUACGUGCAAUAAGUGUAGAUCGACAACCAAGUCGACAACAUAAACGUUGUAAGUGCAGAUGUCCAACCUUCAGAAGCGACCACCGGCUUCAACCAGCAUGGCAAAGUGCCAACAACCUCCGCAAGAGGAGCAGAGCGCCGAUUCUGUUUGUCGUGUCUGUAUGGGCAGGGCAUCCGAUGCCGGCCAGAUGGUUGGAUUGUUCAAUAAACAGAUACAGGGAACGAUCCUCGCCGAAGUGUUGACCCUGGUUGGAGCAGUGGAACUGGCGACGAAAGACGAUCGACUGCCCAAGUGGUGUUGCGAGGGUUGUCUGAAGGCCUUGGAGAGUGCCUACAACCUAAGAAUGUUGUGCCAGGAUUCGGACCGGAAACUACGGGAUGCAUUAUCGACGGAUGCGGUAGCCGUUGUGGUGAAACAGGAAGUCGAUGAAGAUUCUAGGGUUGGAGAUGGGAUGCUGGAUGUUGAGGAAGCUGUUCUCUCGGAAAGUAUACAAUUGCCCAAGUUAGAGAUUAUGGACUGUUUAGAGGAAGAUGAGAUAACGGAUGACGGUGAUGGAGAAGACGAUAUGGUAGAAGCUGACGGCGGCGUAGACUCGGAUGUCGAUGAGGCAGAGCAAGAUAAGGAUGAAAAGACGUCGGAAAAAGUAAAUAGGCCUACCCAUGGAAGGAAGCCCUUGAAUCCGGAUGUAUUCGACGAGGUAGAAGCCGUAGGUUUCAAAUGUUGUGGUUGUAAAGUCACGUUCAACACUUUGAACGAACUUCAGGCUCAUUCAAAGGAAGCUCACGCCGACAAAAAACUGGCAAUACAGGAAUUGCAACGCAAGAAGCAGUGUGAUAUCUGUUACAAGGUGUUGUAUAAUGACCUUUCUGUACGUAAUCACCAAUAUAAAAACAAACUGAACUUUCGAUGCAAGGUUUGUGGAGAAUUGUUUUGGAGUCGAAAGAGGGUGUGCCUUCAUUAUGAUCGGGUACACGGCCCGAACCCAGUGAUCAAGGGUCCUUCGAAAGUUUGCUGUGGGUGUCUGGAGAAAUUUGAAACUGAAGAACAGCUUAGGGCGCAUAGUUUAGCGGUACAUCUGCCAGAAAAACCUGCGCCAGAUCCUACCCGUCCAUACACUUGCAACGUUUGCUAUCGCUGUUACAAAUCCGACGGGCUGCUGUACACCCAUCAGUCCCGAAUGCUCAGGGACACCAAGAAGCACGUGUGUGCCCAAUGUGGAUUGACGUUCCGAUAUCCCGGAGAGUUGGAACACCAUAAAGUGGCACACACUGGCGAAAAGAAGUUCCAGUGUACAAAUUGUCCCAAAGCAUACAGCAAUUGGGAUAGCUUCCGAAGGCAUGUCAACAAUCACAAAGUGCCAGCGGAUAAGUACAAAUGCAAGAUUUGCGGAGAUAUAUUCAAAACACGCAAUGGAUUGAAAAGGCACACGCUACAUCAUACCGGAGAGCGUCCGCACAAGUGCCCUCACUGUUCAGCCACUUUCACUGUGCCUUCUGGGUUAAGAUGCCAUUUGUUGACGCACACCGAUGAAGAAAAACUACAAUGUCCGAUUUGCAGGAAACCGUUCAAGCGGAAUGCGGCACUCAAGCAGCACAUCCAAUAUAUUCAUCACAAGCAAAAGUCCCUACGCCUGCUUCUUCUGCCCCAAUCGAUACCAGCGGAAACACCAGCGCAAACAACACAUGCUUCAAGUCCAUCCCAAGGAACUACAAAGCAAUCCCCUUCCGUCAAUCGAGCUACUUGGUAACCCGUGGUCGUUGCGACAAAGGACCGAAGAAGAUUUUUUACGAGAACUGGGCAUGGUAGAAUGAAGCUGUGAAAUGAAUAAUUAUUCAUAUUUAUCUUUUAUUGGACGAACGUUUUAAAAAUAAAGCUUUCAUGCAUCAUUACUUCGUUGGUUUUUCAUUGCUAUAACUUUCUCAAUGCGUACUUUAUGUUAUCUUGGAGAACAAAAGUACUCACGGCUAUUUCAAUGUGGAAAGGAAGGAUAUACGGGACUUAUCCUAAAUUACUUAAAUAACUUAAUAAUUGUUUUCAAUGAUAUACUCUACAGCUUUUUGAUAGUUUGAAGUUUACUGGGGUAAAUACAUGAUCAGAGUUUAAAAAAAACUGUAGAGGACGACUGUUCUAUAGAAUUAAUUUUUACUGCGAUACACUGCUGGAGAUGCCUCAACAGCGACAGAAACGUGUUUGUUUACAUUAGGGCUCAAUUGAGAAUGACAAAUGUUCCAGAACUAAAAAAGCAUUUUUUCCAAAAAUGAUCCACAAGUCGCAGAAAAUAAGAAUGACCGAUUGUUUAUUAUGACAAUCGGACACGCUGGUUUUGUUCGCUUUUUUGUCAUUCUGGAGAAAAGUGAUUUUUCAGUUCUUGAUAAUAUGCGAUUUUCUAUUGAGCCUUCAUGAAAUCCUUUUGUCAUGUUGAACCAGAGAUAGAGUCGAAAAAAAGCUGUUGUUUACUAAAUAUUUUGGGCACUGCGCGAAACAUGAAUGUCAGUCACUUCUUACACACCUUUCUAAUAUACUCUCAUUGGUGCAAUGGUGCACUGUUUUACAUCAGAUUAAACGUGUGACAGACGUAAACGAAAAUCACAUCAGUGUUGUUAUUAUAAACUAAAGCAUUUUCCAGAACGUAAGUGUUCGGCGUAAAAAGUUUCAAGUAAACCAAAAUAAAUACACAGCCCAAGGGGAAAUCUCUAUAAGCUAAGACCUUUCAAAGUAUGUAUCGAUUUAAUAAGUCUCCUGUUCGAUUCGAACUAUUCUUCGUGCAGUUCAAACCCGGAAUUUUCGACUAGCGAAAACUGAUUUUUCUUCGAAUCCCUGCGUCGGACCUAAAUUCGGAAGUGGUGCGCUGUAUAUGUAGCGGACAAGGUGUACAACACAGCGCCCGCUUCGGAAGUUAUGCCCGACGCACCGAUUUGGAGAAAAAUCCAUCUUCGCUAGUUGAAAACUCCGAUUUUCAACUAAAUUGAUAAUAUUUAUCAGAAUGACAACACAUCGAUUGUUUAAUUGUCUACGUUUCUUUUGUUAUUUUGUUUUUUUUUUAACUAAGUCAGCUGAAUACGUGCAAUAAGUGUAGAUCGACAACCAAGUCGACAACAUAAACGUUGUAAGAUGUCCAACCUUCAGAAGCGACCACCGGCUUCAACCAGCAUGGCAAAGUGCCAACAACCUCCGCAAGAGGAGCAGAGCGCCGAUUCUGUUUGUCGUGUCUGUAUGGGCAGGGCAUCCGAUGCCGGCCAGAUGGUUGGAUUGUUCGAUGGACAGAUACAGGGAACGAUCCUCGCCGAAGUGUUGACCCUGGUUGGAUCAGUGGAAUUAGCGACGAAAGACGAUCGACUGCCCAAGUGGUGUUGCGAGGGGUGUCUGAAGGCCUUGGAGAGUGCCUACAAACUAAGAAUGUUGUGCCAGGACUCGGACCGGAAACUACGGGAUGCAUUGUCAACGGCUGAGGAAACCGUUGUGGUGAAACAGGAAGUCGAUGAAGAUUCUAGGGUUGGAGAUGGGAUGCUGGAUGUUGAGGAAGCUGUUCUCUCGGAAAGUAUACAAUUGCCCAAGUUAGAGAUUAUGGACUGUUUAGAGGAAGAUGAGAUAACGGAUGACGGUGAUGGCGAAGACGAUAUGGUAGAAGCUGAUGGCGGCGCAGACUCGGAUGUCGAAGAGGCAGAGCAAGAUAAGGAUGAGAAGAUGUCGGAAAAAGUAAAUAGGCCUACCCAUGGAAAGAAGCCCUUGAAUCCGGAUGUAUUCGACGAGGUAGAAGCCGUAGGUUUCAAAUGUUGUGGUUGUAAAGUCACGUUCAACACUUUGAACGAACUUCAGGCUCAUUCAAAGGAAGCUCACGCCGACAAAAAACUGGCAAUACAGGAAUUGCAACGCAAGAAGCAGUGUGAUAUCUGUUACAAGGUAUUGUAUAAUGACCUUUCUGUACGUAAUCACCAAUAUAAAGACAAACUGAACUUUCGAUGCAAGGUUUGUGGGGAAUUGUUUUGGAGUCGACAGAGGGUGUGCCUUCAUUAUGAUCGGGUACACGGCCCGAACCCAGUAAUCAAGGGUCCUUCGAAAGUUUGCUGUGCGUGUCUGGAGAAAUUUGAAACUGAAGAACAGCUUAGGGCGCAUAGUUUGGCGGUACAUCUGCCAGAAAAACCUCCACCAGAUCCUGCCCGUCCGUUCACCUGCAACGUUUGUUAUCGCUGUUACAAAUCCGACGGGCUGCUGUACUCCCAUCAGUCCCGAAUGCUCAGGGACACCAAGAAGCACGUGUGUGCCCAAUGUGGAUUGACGUUCCGAUAUCCCGGAGCUUUGGAACACCAUAGAGUAGUACACACUGGCGAAAAGAAGUUCCAGUGUACAAAUUGUCCCAAAGCAUACAGCAAUUGGAAUAGCUUCCGAAAGCAUGUGAACAAUCACAAAGUUCCAGCGGACAAGUACAAAUGCGAGAUUUGCGGAGAUAUAUUCAAAACAAACAUUGGAUUAAAACAACACACACUACAGCAUACCGGAGAGCGUCCGCACAAGUGCCCUCACUGUUCAGCCACUUUCACUGUGCCUUCUGGGUUAAGAUGCCAUUUGUUGACGCACACCGAUGAAAAAAAACUAGAAUGUCCGAUUUGCAGGAAAAAGUUCAAGCGGAAUACGGCACUCAAGCAGCACAUCCAAUACAUUCAUCACAAGCAAAGGCCCUACGUCUGCUUCUUCUGCCCCAAUCGAUACCAGCGGAAACACCAGCGAAAACAACACAUGCUUCAAGUCCAUCCCAAGGAACUACAAAGCAAUCCACUUCCUCCAAUCGAGCUACUUGGUAACCCGUGGUCGUUGCGACAAAGGACCGAAGAAGACUUUUUACGAGAACUGGGCAUGGUAGAAUAAAGCUGUGGAAUGAAUAAUUAUUCAUAUUUAUCUUUUAUUAGACGAACGUUUUAAAAAUAAAGCUUUCAUGCAUCAUUA